CAGAGUUUUACAUUCACGGUGAAGACAUCAUCUAAGUGGCAUCAUUAAUAGCUUUUAUUUUUCGUGUCGUUGAUUAAAACCAAGAGAAAAGUUUUCCCCCGGUUUAAAAUUAAACCACAUCUAAAUACAAACAUAAAGCAUCAGCAUUAACUUUGUGUUAAUAGAAGCAAAAACUGAAAUCUCCGAUCGUUUUACGCAUAGGUUCCUAAAGAUUUCAUUUUAAAAAAGACAAGAAAAAAAGACAAAACUCACAAAUGUUCUAUUACUAUAUUCAAGCAUUGGGUGGAGCUGACACGUGACAUCUAUAAGGCAUAUAUUCUUAACAUACCAUGAAUAAAUAUAUGUUUAACGCAUAUUUAUAUAUAAAAUAAAAUGAAGUGCCAUAAAAAUGUUAUGCUUUUGAACAAAAGCAACUUGACAAUGCGCUAAAACUCGACCCUUGAAUAUAAGCAGUGCAGCAAUCAACACUACAACACAAUAAUAAAUCAUACCAGUCAUAUUUAACAGUCAUUCCUUUAAAGUUUUAAUAGUUUUGUUACAUGCGAAAGUCAUAGAUUAUGUAUAAACAUAUACAUAAAGCAAAUUGUGUUGCCUCAGACUCAUAAAAUCAGCGUUACUCAGUACCUAUACAAGCUCCAACACAUAAACAGUAAAUACUUCUCAUCGUUCUUGCAAAACACGAUUAAAAUAACAAACAAAAGAUGUUACUGUUUUACAUGGUCUGGCAUGAUUUGAAAACUAAUCGUUUGAAUUUCACAGAUCUUACCCAACUGAACCACUCCUACGCAUCCAUGUGUUCCAAAUUGAUAUAUGACAAUAUCUACUUUCGAUCACGUGUUGCGGGGCGACUUAGACGGAUUGCGCGUCAUCUCGCCUUCCCAAAUUUUCUCCUUCUGCAGCUCGAAUCCAAAACAUCAUAUCUGUAGUACGGACUACAGGAGAAAGAUGUUUAACUCUGUUAAUCUGGGCAACUUCUGCUCCCAGACGCGUAAAGACCGGACAUCCGAGUUUGGGGACAGGACGGGCUGUGCCUCCAACAUCUACCUCCCCAGCUGCACCUACUACGUUCCAGAAUUUUCCGCCGUCUCUUCGUUCCUUCCACAGGGGCCCUCGCGACAAAUCACAUACCCCUAUUCCACAAAUCUAUCUCAAGUGCAACCAGUGCGAGAUGUUUCCUAUGGUCUGGACCCGUCCAGCAAAUGGCACCACAGAACCAACUAUGCAUCUUGCUACUCAGGAGAAGACCUGGUGCACAGAGACUGUCUUCCGCCAUCCACCAUGACAGAAAUGCUCAUGAAAAACGAGAGUGUGUACAGCCACCACCACCACCACCAGCAUCAUCCGAACUCUAGCCACCCUUCUACCGGUUUCUACGCCGGCGUGGGGAAAAACAACGUGCUCCCUCAAGGUUUUGACCGCUUUUUUGAAACCGCUUAUUGUAGCACGGACAAUCAGUCAGAACAUUGUUUACAAAAGAGCGAGAUGAACAAAUUAGAGACUUCUUCCCAACAACCCACAGCUGUUUCCGCAGCGCAGGAGCCGGAAAAGGACCCAGAGGAUGAGGAGGAACAUACCAAUUCGGGCUCGUGCACUUCAGCAGCUACUAAGGACGGGAACGCAAGCAAGAGCAGCCAUUCGAGUACCCCGCGCACAAGAAAGAAGAGAUGUCCAUACUCCAAGUUUCAGAUUCGUGAACUGGAGCGAGAAUUUUUCUUUAACGUUUACAUCAACAAGGAGAAAAGGUUGCAGCUGUCCAGAAUGUUAAACCUUACUGACAGACAAGUCAAAAUAUGGUUUCAAAAUCGUAGAAUGAAAGAAAAGAAAUUAAGCAGAGAUCGGCUGCAGUAUUUCUCUGGGAAUCCGUUGCUGUAAUUGUUGAAAUUGCCUAUUAUUUAAUACUUCUGCCAAUUCAAAUUACGUAUGUCUAAAUAUCCCCAUCAAUCUAAUUAAAACCAUUAGAAUAUGUUGUUUCAAGGCCAGCAACAGUAUUUAAAACUGUAAGGCUUAUUUGAAGGAUAACAUGAUUGUAAUGGCUGAGGCUGGGAACAGAGAAUGCAAAUUUAACUGGCAUUUCUAGUUUGUGAUUCACAAACUUAAACGUACUCAAAGAUUAGGGUUUUUUCAAAAUGUAUGUGACACGUCUUUUAAGUGAAAUGUUUGAAAUCUUCACUUUGAAAAUGGUCACAAAAUAGCUUACUAUAAUAUAUUAUAAAAUUGUAUCCAUUAUCCUUUUAUGGUUGUAUAUAUGUACAUUAAAACACAUACACUCGACUCUGGUUCGAAUCUGGAGAUGUCAUACUUUUUUAUGUUUUCAUCAUUUAGAACUGUGACUUGUACAAUCUGUAAUAUUGUAUUCCUUGUACAGAGAUUAUGCAUUGUGCAUUCGUGAAUGUAAAUAUAAUGUUAUUUUGAGUAUUCUCACCCUACCCCUGCUGCUAUUUUUCUUUACAUUGCCUUUGCAGCCUUGUGAGCUUUGUUGUUCGAUUCUUUAAAUUAUUUGCUGUACGCCCAAAGUUCUCAUUUUUCGUAAGGAUAGCUCAGCGAUCCGAAUUGGCCUGUGUACUGUAUAUUAAUCAAAAAUAAACAUGAAUAAAGGUAAA